AUGGCUACUUUAAUAGUAACUAUUCUUAUCUUUGAUCGAGUACUUUUAUCGCUAAGACCGCCAUUCUAUGUCAAACAAUGGAGCUCAUUCCGAACUCGAUGGGUCGUGCCACUUUCGGUAUUUGUCGUCGCUGCAGCGUUAGCUUCGUUACCUUUCGUCGACUCUUCGUACACUACCUCGCCCGAUGGUGGACGGUUUCAUUGCUUGUUUAAUUAUACUGAAUCAUUUGCAGUGUUUUAUAUUGUUUUUCAUUUUGUUCAAUCUCUCGCGAACGUCUUGGCCAUUCCGUGGGUAAUCUCGCGAGAGGAGCGCGUGGACGCUAAUCUUAGUGUGCUCCUCGUGGGAGAAAUGGCCGUGUGUAGAAAGGGAAAUGAUGUAGUCGAAGUUCGAAAUAGUUUGAAGAUCAGUCGUCUGGUUGCUGCAGUAGUGGUGUUGUAUCACGCAUGCUCCGUCGUGUUUCCGGUAAGGUUUUAUUCAGAAAUACUAUAUUUAAAGCUGGUUUACACUAUCAGUUUCUGUGAUAACAGUAGGAAUUUUGCAUAGGUAAAUUCUAAGUUUUGAAGGAUUUGUAAGAAAUGUUUGAGCCUUAAGGUAGCUCAUCAGCUAGCUAGCAUUUCAUAGGUUUCAUGUAAAGUUAAAUAACUCGUUUAACUUGGGAAUCAAAUUAAGAAAUAGUUGUCAGAUUACCUAUCCAUUAUUGACCAAAAAUAAGCACAAGACUAACUAUGAUGUGUUUUUUCCUUUUCAAAGCUUAUACUCUUACUACGGUUCCUCGAUGUUGAUUAUCCGGCAGCAGUUGGUCUCUUGGCACUUCAAAUGCCUAUAUAUGGAGCUAUCUUUAUACCUAUACUAUGUGGUUUUACAUGGAAACCUUACAGAAGAGCUUAUUACGCCUCAGUGUCCUGUCUAUGUCCUCCUUCAUCGAGAGAGAUUAAGACCAGGAGAAUUCGUUCUAUAUAUAAUCGUAAGUGUCCUUACUUUAACAUUUUUUGCUCAUCGGUUCAUCAUUGUCCGCUCUUUUCGUCUUCGUUUGACUUUUCCCUCCCAUUCUCUCAAUACUUCUACAUUUCCCGCUCUUUUUACCUUAAAGUUUCGACUCGUUUCUUCAACAUUUUCUUCUUUCACUGGCGUUAGUCAGCUCGAAAGCUCUUUGGCACUCUGCUACUUUGUGUAAUGCAUAUAGUUAUAUUACGUCAAAUUACCUAUCUAACAUUUUUUAUUCUUUAUAAUAUUAUAUUUUUGUUUAAACAUAUUUCAGUCUUUUCCCUUAUAUUAUUGAUUGGAGUACUGAGAUUAAUAAGCAGAUAAAAUGUAAUGACUAAUGGUUUAAUCCAUCUUUUCAAAUAUAUUUUCAGCUGCAUUUCGUGAGACGAGAGAAUAUGAUGCGAACAGUAUCUUGCAUACUCGAGGAGUAAGUCUACAUCAAAGUACAAGUCAAUAUGACAUAAGCAGUUCUGUGGCUUCGAGUUCUGCCCCGUCAGAUCCUAUAGAACUGGAUCCUAGUCAGCUGAUCACUCACCCCGAGCCUGGGUCUUCCCGACGACGACCCGAACUCCUUCCGAGAGCAAAAUCAUUUCAAGACCAAUAUCGCUAUACACCAUCGAAGUUUCAGAGCAUUUUUGAAAUCAUCGAUGCUUUGUCGGAUCCACGUCGGCACGCGAACGACGAGACGUCGGAUCUUUCCGACACCGAGGAUUCCCGACUUGAUAGCUUAAGUUCCUCUCCAGUUCAUUUGAACGACGUUUCCGUGCAAGUGGAAACACAUGAUGUUUUUAGAGGUGUCAACUUCUCAUCGGUGAGCGUUUCAUCAUGGCCGUACAAUAGCAAAGACAAAAUUGUAAAUAAAUCAAGGUUGGGAUCUGAACGCCCAAACUCCUUUAAAGAUUUUCAUUUUGAUAAAUUUACUAAGAAAGAAGAUGAAGACCCUUCACCAAACACCGGUCCCAUUCGCUUUACAGAUUUAAAAAAGAUGAGGCCUGAGCCAAAGGUUCAGACGGUUGGGGAUGAGCCCGAACUGCUCAAUAAAAAUAGAUUUAUGCGAUAUUUAGCAAAUGAAAGUUAUGUAAGCAAUAAGGAGACAUGA